CGGGGGGGGGGGCGGGGCACGCUGGCGCUCUGGCCAGUAUUUAAAGGCUGCCACUGCUUGCACCUCCUCAGUCCGGCCAGGACGGCGACGGUGAAGCACCUGGGUUGAGAGGGAGCCGCAGGGUAACGCGCCGCCUCGGCCUCCCCGUGCGUAGCGGCCUCCGCUGCGGCGGGUGUGUGCGGGCUCCGGGAGCAGGUCUCACUGCGCGUCGCCCACCAACGCCUUCCUCCCCCACCAUCCUUACCCAGCCCCAGUCCCACCCAACCCACCUGGGCGGGCGAGACAACCCGAGUGCGAAGGACGAGAGAUUCCGACGGAAGAGCGAAUGAGCGAGGUCCUCCUGGAGAGAGAGGCGUGACCCCAGCGCCGGCACGUGGCGCCGUGCAGCGACCAGCCUCUUCACACCGUCGGAUCUGGCCACACUUGACAACAGCUUCAGGGACGCUUCCAUUUAGACCUGUCGGAGCUCCCUGAACCAUGACCCAGACCCUCAACGAGAGGGAGGAUCGUCUGAACGCGGGCGGUGGCUGGGCAUCCUCGACGCCGUUACGCACCUGGUCUUCCUGCCACCGAAGGCGCAGAGGUGCUCCGAUUUACAAGCGACGCCACCGCUACGGCCCCAAGGCCGAAUAUGAGCCCCCGAGGAAACAGCCGAAGCAACAGCACCGGCCGGGCCCUUGGUUUCAGCCACCCCCACGGCCUUAUUGGGCUGUGUACUCUAACUGGGGCCUCUGGGGAGGGCCCUGGUGCCUCCCUCCGACGGGAUUCCGGAAGCCCCCCUGCCGGGUGCAAGUGAUCCGGGUGUACGGCCUGCACCCACUCUGCUUUUGCUGCUGCUCCUGCUGGCCCGGGCCCUGGAGCCCGGGCUGGGUGAGGCCCCCUGGCAGGAAGAAGCGCUGGGGCCGCCGGGGCCGGGGCCUGCGUCGCCCCCCUCGCAGGGCCUCGCCCAAGGGCCAGCCCGGGGAGCUGAACACCCUGCUGCGGCCGGUGAACCUGUACCGGUGGCGGGCGCCCGGCAUGCGGGCGCCGCGGAACACCACCCAGUUCAUCAUGAACCAGAUCUACGAGGACAUGCGGCAGCAGGAGAAGCUGGAGCGCCAGCAGGAGGCGCUGCGGGCGCAGCAGGCCCGGGCGGGCAGCCCGGCCUACCCCGCGGCCUCCCCGGGAAACGACGCAGUCCCCCACGGCGAUGAGGAAGACGCGGGGCUGCAGGAUACUUUGUCCAGCUUUCUGCAGAAUCCCCUUCUAGUCUUCACUCCUGACCCCAACGAGGAAAAACAGUCUCCCACCCCACAGCUGUUGGAGCAAGAAGAGGAGAAAAAUGAGGAAGAGGGGGAGGAGUGUGACGAGGAGGAUUGUGAGGAGAAGGAAGAGGAGGCCGAGGAGGCUGAGGAUGAAGAAGAAGUUGAAGAGGCUGACUCUGUGGAGGAGGAGGAGGAAGCAGAAGAGGAGGAGGAAAAGGAAGAGGAGGAGGAGGAGGAGGAAGAGGAGAGGCUGGAGGAGGUUGAGCAGAGAGAAGAAGAGAAUCAUUUGCCUCUGAAAAUGCCUUUAUCAAUCCUAGUGGGAGCUGAAGAAGAGAGAGAGAACUUUAUAGACUGUCCUUAUUUAAGCCCGAAACAGAUAAUUCCUGAAGUGCCCCAGGAAGCUCUCCUCAUGGUACAGGACUUUAACUGUUAGACAUCAGGAAGGGACUGAGGAAUGGGAUGGAACUGAUUUGAGGCUAAAACGGAUUAGCAGCCUAUUAAAAACAAGUCUAAAAGCGAGUUCCAUUAAUAAACGUAUCUAUGUAAACCCCUUCUUUGGCCAUUAUAAAAAUGUUUAAAAAUUGA